UUAAAUCUGUAGUCACUGGUCACUGUGAACUAGGUUCAGUACAGUUCAGUAUAGAUCGUGAAUUUUGAGUGAUGAGUUGGUUUUCACUUAGUUUAAUUAUUUACCUUUAAUUUCUAAAGAUUAUAGUUCCCAGUACCAAGUAGUGUUAUAUUUGCAGUAUUUUGUUUUGAAAGGCACAAAUCGUUUGAAAAUUGUAUACGUAGGCAACAGGUGUCUAAUAUCGCACAUGUUUCGUUUUGAUAGUGGUGGCAAUUUUUCCUUCAAAAAUUAAACAAACAAAUUAAUGCGCUAACUUCUUAUCAAGAGUAUUUUGCAUCAUGCGUAAAACGAUCAAUACAAUUUUAUGGAAAAGUGUCUUUAACAAAGUAUAACAUUCGAAGUACAAUAAUCGUGCUUUAUCAAUCAAUUCCCCAAAAUGGAAUACGAUUAUCUUAUUAAAUUUUUGGCCCUUGGAAACUCUGGAGUGGGUAAAACGAGUUUUUUGUAUCAGUAUACUGAUGGUACAUUCGAUUCCCGUUUUAUAUCCACUGUUGGCAUUGAUUUUAAGGAAAAACGGGUGAUAUACCAGACAGCAAAUGGUAGAACUCAACGUGUGCAUUUACAGCUGUGGGACACAGCUGGCCAAGAGCGGUUCAGAAGUUUAACUACAGCCUUUUACCGGGAUUCCAUGGGUUUUCUUCUAAUUUUUGAUCUAACCAAUGAGUUGUCUUUUCUUGAAGUUAGAAAUUGGCUGGAACAACUUAGGACUCACGCAUAUUGCGAAGAUCCAGACAUAAUUCUCUGUGGAAACAAAUCCGAUCUCGAAGACAAACGGGUUGUUAGUGAACAUAAGGCCCGGGAAUUAGCAGAGAAGCAUGGCUUGGUGUACUUGGAAACAAGCGCAGCAACCGGCCAGAACGUGGCACGUGCCGUGGAGAUACUUUUAGAUCGUGUAAUGCGAAGGAUGGAAAGCACCGUGGACAAGUCAUUAUUGCCUCACCAAAGAGUUUUACGGUGCCACGAGCGCGAUACAUCGCCUCCGAGCACUUCCUGUUACUGCUGACACCGUCCGUUCGUGUAGCUGAAUAAAUUGUCUCCAUCUACCAUCUUACGGUUCAGGUGACAUCGUGCAGCUCACAUUUUAUUCAGCUAGCAACAUUUUAUCGAGUUGCAUUCGAAUCUCUCGUUGUUCAACGUUCGACACGUGCUGUUUAACGCGUACGCGCAGCAGAAUAUUGAUCGUCCCGAAUAAAGGAAUGAAAAUUGCAAUGGACCAGUUUUUCCUACCAAUUAUCCUUCGGUGGCUUGCGCACUUACGAUUAGUCUGGCGAAGGGAUGAUCGACGUUCCGCUGUACAUACGUCUAUGAAACCGUUGAUCAACUGUCUCGUAAAUUGCACAUUUCUGCAUUGUCGUACUCUCUGAAAACGAUCCCCGUUAAUUCUACACAUUCAUACGUACAUACUGUCGUCUUUCAUGAUGGGUUCCCUUGGUACGGAAUUGAUUUGACCGCAAACCGUAAACUUGUACCUUUGACGUAUACGUUCGUCUUUUACUGUUCCGCGAUUAUGCGAUUUACCUGUCACCAUCGUACGCACAACGUGUUCAAUAGGAUAUUCAGGGUGUCUUUUAAUGUCUUAGGGGUGGGUUUUAAUUAGUUGGGUUUGAAACAGUAUAUCAAUACACUGUUAGUCUCUGUUCAUUCGCCAAAAAUUGUGAUACGCGAGCUACGAUUACACAAGGAAACGAGAGAGUGAUUUUCGAUUAUAAAUAUAUACGUGUAUUUUUGAUGCUGUUAUUAUGUUUAACCAAAGUUACUUAUCAUCUAGUCGUUAAGUAUUGUGCUGAGAAUACAAUCAAAAUAUUAUCUGGUGCACGAUGUUUCUACUGUUGUUAACCAAAUAAUAAUGAAAUUUAUGUAUGUCACAAGAAUACCAUUAUUCCUUCUAACUUCCAUGAAGGAAUAUUGGAAAAUAUCUAUACGAGAAACUUUGAUGCCGAGAGGCACGAAUUCCCGCGUGAUUUACAUAUAAGUUUGAAACGUUUCAUGGUUUCCUUUUAACUUCCAAGUGGAACUAAAAACGCGAGAAUUUGAAAUCCUUAUGCUGCUCAGCAUCUCAGUUUUUCAUUUACGUAGACAUUUUAUGUAUGUCGCGAGAACUGUAUGUUGUUCCUUUUCAAUUUAUACAUUUGCGAGUUACAAUUGAUCGAGAGACGUUCAUAUUUAUAUUAUACCUAUAGAUGUCUGUUGGCCACGUAAAGUUUGGGGAUAAUAACUUUCCUAGUUAUUUGAUAGUUCAAGAGAAGGAUAUAAGAUUAAAGUUUCAACUACAACCGAAUAGCAACCACGAUAGAAGUUUCCCCGAUAGAAAAUGAAUCUCAAAAUGUUUCGUGUUACUUUCAAUGCAUAACUUUUCCGUUAGAUCGCGAAUUUGAAACGAUAGAGAUACUUGGAGUUAUUGCCCCAUUCUGUGCAUCGUGUCAUGCAUCGAGGUGAUAAAAGAAGAUUGCACCGAUCUUAUCCGUUUCUCAGUGAAAUAUUCUCGUGCGCAUUGUCAGUUUACUACGAUCUCGAGAACUACGUGAAAUAAUGACGAGUCCAAUUAUAAAUCAGGGUAGUAGAUCUUCGAAAAGGUUGAUUACGAUUUUAUACGAAUUUCGAUGUGUUCAAUUUUGGCUAGAUCAUAGUAAACUAAUAAGAUGUGCGAGCGUGUCUUUCAAGAUUUUUCAUAGAAGAAUUAAAACAAUUAAACUGAGGGAUGCAAGCAGAGCUCUCUACCGUGCAUACGUACUUGUCUGUUUUAUAAAUUGUAAUGUGCCUCGGCAGUAAGUUUUAUUUGAAAAACAACAUCUUUAACAAAUAAAUGUUCUAUGAUUCUGCUUUAA